AAUGCUGCUGUUCCCUCCCCCGUUUCAAUGCCUUGGCUUCAAGUGACCGUGGUAAAAGAAAAUUUGACGCCACAACACACGUCGGUUGCUUGUUUACUUGGUGUGGCUUUAAUUCGACUGCAGCUGCUGCGGCUUUUAUUUUGUCAUUAGAGAGCAGCCGAGCGCCACCGUCCAUCACGAGCUUCCAUGUUCAAGCCCUGCUCUCUGCUCUUAUAAUAAAUAAAAGUCGGCACAUGAUUGCAUCGCCCCCCCGCCUACAGACUCCAAACAAAAUCAAGACUGAGAGCAAAACCGUCUCAUCUGAUCUAGCGAGCACUCCAGCUUUCUGCAAUGGCGAUUCACCGUCUGAUGCUUCCCAUUUCUAUCCUUCUGAUGAGCUCACUCUCCGGGGCCGUGUCGACGACGUUCACGCUGGCCAACUCCUGCGGCUACACGGUGUGGCCUGGGCUGCUGUCGAGCGCGGGCUCGGCGCCGCUGCCCACCACGGGCUUCGCGCUGGCACCGGGGGAGUCGCGCGUCGUGGACGCGCCCGCGGCGUGGUCCGGCCGCAUAUGGGGCCGCACGCGCUGCGCCGCGGACAACCAGGCCUCCGGCCGGUUCGCCUGCGCCACGGGCGAGUGCGGCUCGGGGGCGGUGGAGUGCGCGGGCGGCGGGGCCGCGCCGCCCACCACGCUCGCGGAGUUCACGCUGGACGGCGCCGGCGGGAACGACUUCUACGACGUGAGCCUGGUGGACGGGUCGAACCUGCCGAUGGCCGUGGUGCCGCAGGGCGGCGCCGGGACCAGCUGCGGCGCCACGGGCUGCCUGGCGGACCUGAACGGGCCGUGCCCCGCCGACCUCAGGGUGGUGGGCUCCGACGGCGCCGGCAUCGCCUGCAAGAGCGCGUGCGGGGCGUACGGGCGGCCCCAGGACUGCUGCAGCGGCGACUACGGCACCCCCGCGACGUGCCAGCCGUCCGCCAGCUCGCAGUUCUUCAAGAACGCGUGCCCGCGCGCCUACAGUUACGCCUACGAUGACGCCACCUCCACCUUCACCUGCACGUCCGGCACCGCCAGUUACCUCGUCACGUUCUGCCCAAGCAUCUCCAGCCUCAAGUCGUCCGUGAGCAGAACGAACCCGGGCCUGCCUCUGGUCAACGACACGGUCUCCUUCGCCGGCCGGGGAGACGGGUCCUCGUACCCGUACGCCUACGCGUCGGCGCCGCCCCGGUCGUCGGCUCCAUGCCCCCUGGCGCUCGCGGCCACCGCCUUCACGUGGCUCUUCGCCGCCCCGUACCGCCGCCGGCUGCGAUUGUAGAGCGAGCAAGGCCACGCGAGGGGCCGCGGACGUACGGCAGCCCUCGUGCAGGUGCAGUGCAGUGCAGCGUGGGCGCCCAUCCCGGACGCUUUGACCUGCUCGGGCCGUAUUGCUAAUUGUGUACUAGAUUAUUAUUAGUUUUGUCUCGGAUCGAGGAGCAUUAUUCGCCAAACAAAUUACUCCAUUGAUUAGUUGGGAUCUGGGAUAGGGGUGGUCAAUGGCGUGAGUGCAUGUCCAGAUUGAUAAUGCAUCAAACAAAUCGAUUGCAUUAUUUCAUGCUUUUUGAUCUUAUUUUACAGUUUCUUCAUAAAUUUAAGCAAAAAAGUUGUACUAAAUAGAACAUUUUUGUAGCCGCUUAUCAGUUACGCCGAUUCUUAAAAUGAACUAAAAGCGCAGACGAUGCUGUUUUUUU